CUCUUCAGUGCACAUGGCUCAACUUGGAUGUCUCCCGCAUGCAGUUUGAGGGCUGGCGGCUAGUCAUCCGCCUCACUCCUCUGCUCACUGACUUGGUCGCCUUCAUUCGCUCCUCGCUCCUUGCUGCCCAUUCCAGCUGUCAUGUCCUCAGCGCUCCAGCAACACUCCCACACGGAAACACAAAGCUAACACAUGUUUCCCCACCAGCAGACUCAUCCAAACUUUUUCCUCAGCUUCUCGGUGACAGCUUUGUGUUGGGGAGUCUGGUGGGUUCAACAAGUUUUGACGUGAAACGGUUCGCCAGUCUCGCUUUUGUUUCGGCUACGAGUCACAAGUGGAGAGUUUCCCGUCCGUUUUGCACCAUGAGAAUGUCGCGCCGGAGGAAGAACUCUGGCUUUCUCGUCUUGGCUGUCAUCUGGUGCCUGACCUCGGCUAUCUCUUAUGCUGACAACACGAUUUACAACACUCUGGAGGGAAGUGCCUCUGCCAAGGCCGAGCGGCCGACUCAAGCACAACGCCGCGAGACCACCGUACCUUUGCUGCUUACGGGCCGACACAGCGGACCCCUCAGCCUACUGGAGCGAGGGGGUUAUCCGCCGUCACUGCGCCUGCUGGUCCGUGCCGAAGGCCAACAGCUCGUCCUGCUGCUGGAGAAAAACGAGGGUCUUUUCGCCAGCCAUUACACGGAGACGCACUACCAGAACAACGGAUGCGUUCUCACCGCUGCGCACAACUCGACGAAAAACUGCUACUACCAAGGGGAAGUGCAGGCGCAUCCCAACUCUGAUGUUACCCUCAGCGCCUGCUCGGGCCUUCGAGGCUUCAUCGCGCUUGAAAAUAAGUCAUUGGUCAUCGAACCGGCGCCCGGCAAAGACCCGGACGUCCACUUCAUCUACCGAGCAGAGGAACUGCGUCUGACCCCGGGCGACUGCGGUCACGGUUUCAACAUGUCCUCCGUGGCUCCGGACAACGACCUUAAAAGCCCUUUCCGGGCCUUCCACACGAGGCACAAAAGGGACGCGCAGAAGACCACCAAAUACGUGGAGCUGAUCAUCGUCGCGGACAACCGAGAGUUUCAAAAACAGGGUAGUGACGUGGAGAAGGUGAAACAGAGACUUGCGGAAAUUGCCAAUUAUGUGGACAAGUUUUACCGAGCGCUGAACAUCCGCGUGGCUUUGGUGGGUCUGGAGGUGUGGAGCGACCACGACAAAUGUCCCGUCACGCAGGAUCCCUUCGCCACCCUUCACGAGUUCCUCGACUGGCGCAAAGUCAAGCUGCUGCCCCAGAAACCUCACGACAACGCUCAGCUCAUAAGCGGGGUCUACUUCCAAGGCACCACCAUCGGCAUGGCGCCCAUCAUGAGCAUGUGCACGGCAGAGCAGUCUGGAGGCAUCGUCAUGGAUCACUCCGAGAACCCGCUGGGCGCGGCCGUGACGUUGGCGCACGAGCUGGGCCACAAUUUCGGCAUGAAUCACGACACGCCCGAGCGCGGCUGCGGCUGCAGGAUGACGGUGGACCGUGGCGGUUGCAUCAUGACGCCCUCCACAGGGUAUCCCUUCCCCACGGUGUUCAGCACGUGCAGCAAGAAGGACCUUGCAGCCAGUCUGGAGAAAGGCGUGGGCAUGUGUCUGGACAACAUGCCCGAGGUCAAGGUGCUCUACGGGGGCCAGAAGUGCGGCAACGGCUACGUGGAGGAAGGGGAGGAGUGUGACUGCGGGGAGCCCGAGGAAUGUUUGAAUCCAUGCUGCAACGCCACCACGUGUACGCUGAAAGGAGACGCCGUGUGCGCCCACGGACAAUGUUGCGACGACUGCCAGCUCAAACCGGCGGGCACCAUGUGUCGUGAGUCCGGCAACUCUUGUGACCUGCCCGAAUUCUGCACGGGCGCCGACCCCCAUUGCCCGGCCAACGUUUACCUCCACGACGGCCACGCCUGCCACGCCGUGGAGGGAUACUGCUACAACGGCAUCUGCCAGACCCACGAGCAGCAGUGCAUCACCCUGUGGGGUCCAGGAGCCAAGCCAGCGCCGGGGAUCUGCUUUGAGCGAGUCAACUCGGCGGGGGACCCUUACGGGAACUGCGGGAAGGAUUCCAAAGGCUCUUUUGCCAAAUGCGAUGCGAGGGAUGCAAAGUGUGGUAAAAUCCAGUGCCAGGGCGGCGCCAACCGGCCAGUGAUUGGCACCAACGCCGUUUCCAUCGAAACCAACAUCCCGCUUCAAGAGGGCGGCCGCAUCCUGUGUCGAGGGACGCACGUUUACCUUGGGGACGACAUGCCCGAUCCGGGUCUAGUUCUGGCUGGCACCAAGUGCGGAGACGGGAGGGUGUGUUUGAAUCGCCAGUGUCAGAACAUCAGCGUCUUCGGCGUGCACAAGUGCUCGGGAAAGUGCAACGGACGUGGGGUGUGCAACAACAAGAAGAACUGCCACUGCGAAGCGCACUGGGCGCCCCCGUUCUGCGAGGGGGCCGGCUUCGGCGGAAGCAUCGACAGCGGGCCGACGAGAUUGGCAGCCGACAGCGCGUUGGUCACCGUGGCCGUCCUGGUGGCCGCCAGCGGCCUGCUGCUGGCCAGCGGCCUCGUUCUCCUCAAGAGGAAGACGCUGCUGCGACUGCUCUUCACCCACAGGAAGAGCACUUUGGAAAAGCUCAGAUCCAUCGAGGCCAAGAGGCCCACCAGCCCAGCCAGGACACAGUUCACGUGCAGACCAUUACCACAGCGCAAACCUCCCCCCAAACCCUGCGGACUGGGAGCCAGCAUCUACAAGCCGUCCCUGCUGAGUGCUGAGCCUCUGCUCCCGCCGCACAAGUUCCACUCGCACAGCCUGCGCCGCCUGCCGCUCUACCAGCCGCUCCACAUCAGCCAGCCCAUGCCCGUGUCACUCAGCGUGGGCCAGCCCACGCUGCCUCCUCUGCCGACCCGACACAGGCUGCCCCCGGCCGAACGCGCCGCCAGUGCUCUGUCGCCGCCCGCCGUGCCGCCUUUCCUCAGUCUGCCCCGCCAGCCCGCAUCCUACCAACUGGGCCAGGACUCAGACAAGCCCAGUCCUCCGCAGAAGCCGCUUCCCGCCGACCCGCUGGGCCGAAGCGCUCGCCUGGGUCACGGCGCCUCCGCGUUGGGCCUGCACGUCCCCGGGAGAGGACCGCUGCCCGUCCCCAUCCCCACUGUGCCCAAACCGCCACCCGCAAUCCCCUUCCCCAGCAGACCCGCACCAGUGUUGCCCUACAGACCACCAAAGAGCCCCAAAAACUGCUGAGCAUCUCCCAGGUGGAGCGAGUCUCUCUCUUUCUUUUAUUUGCACUAAUUCAUCACGGAGGCUCAGCUGGACUGGUCGCUGCGCCUACAAUGGACGCCCUGUGUAAAAAGAGCGGCGGAAUAGUUUUGUGUGUGUGUGUGUGUGUGUGUGUGUGUGU